UGAGCUCCUGAGCACAGUGACCUUCCUUCCUCCUGCUGCAGAGAGCCAGCAGUCCUGCAGGAUCCACAGCUCCACACAGAGCCAUGGCCUUCUUCACCCACCAGAUCAGCAGAUCCCUCUGCUCCUCUGCGGCCAGAAACGCAGCUAUUAAACACAUCACUGUAAUCGGAGGAGGAUUAAUGGGUGCAGGAAUCGCGCAGGUUGCUGCAACAACAGGGCAUUCAGUAGUGCUGGUGGACAUGUCUGAAGACAUCCUGAAAAAGUCUGCCAAGAGCAUUGAGGGCAGCCUGAAGAGAGUGGUGAAGAAGAAGUUUGCAGACAAACCUGAGGCUGGAGAAGAGUUUCUUCAGAAGGCGAUGAAGAACAUCUCGACAAGUACAGACGCUGCUGCAGUGGUGCAGAAAACUGACUUGGUGGUGGAGGCCAUUGUGGAGAAUCUCAAAGUUAAACAGGAUCUCUUUUCUACACUGGAUAAAGUGGCUCCAGAACACACCAUUUUUGCCAGCAACACAUCCUCCCUGCCUAUUGCAGACAUUGCCAGUUCCACAGCCCGGUUAGAUCGAUUUGGGGGUCUCCACUUCUUCAACCCUGUUCCCAUGAUGAAGCUAGUUGAGGUAAUCAAAGCACCAGGAACAAGCCAACAAACGUUUGAUGCUCUCAUUGAUUUCAGCAAAGCCUUAGGAAAACAUCCUGUAUCAUGCAAAGACACUCCAGGCUUUAUUGUAAACCGGCUGCUUGUGCCUUACCUGAUGGAGGCUGUCCGACUGCAUGAGCGAGGUCAUGGUUCAAAAGAGGACAUUGAUGUAGCCAUGAAGCUUGGUGCUGGAUAUCCUUUGGGGCCAUUCGAGCUUCUGGACUAUGUUGGUUUGGACACAUCAAAGUUCAUCAUCGAUGGGUGGUAUGAAACGGAACCUGAAAACCCACUGUUUUCACCAAGCCCACUGCUCAAUAAACUGGUGGCCGAGGGAAAGCUGGGCAAGAAGACAGGAGAAGGCUUCUACAAGUACAAGUAAUCAGAACCUGAUCUGAGAUGAUGUAGAGAGAAUCAGAGAGAGUGUGGAGCAGAGGAAAAGGACUGAUUGAUCAUUAAUCUACAGUUGAGCAACUAUAAACAGUCAAGAGAAAUGUUGGUGCCUUGCUGUAAAGAUUUGUAAGAUAAUGUUUCAUCAUGAACUCUGGCCUUCAUGAUUAGUUUAUAUGUUUAACGUCACGCUGAACCAAGCUGUGGGUGAAAUAAUAAUAAAAAAAAAAGCUUUACAAAUAA